AUGGGGACAGUCGAAAAGGCUCCGGCACAAGUUGAUGGCCAGCUAAAAGAAAUCGCUGUAGUUGCUACCGUUCCAGAAAUACUUGCAGGUUCAUCAUUAUCCGAAGUAGUCGGUAAUGGCGAUGAAGAAGGCAAAACUAUGCCUAUUGGAGGCACUUACAAGUCUUCCUAUAGAUGUCGCCGUGUAGCCUCCAAGACAAUCCUGUCGUUCCAGGCAAAAGACCCCGAAAACCCAAUAAAUUGGUCAACGAACAAAAAACUGUUCAUUCUCUUUUCUGGAAUCAUGAACGUGCUAAAUAGCACACUUGGUUCUUCUUUGCCCAGCGGAGCGAUACCCUAUAUAGCACGGGAGUUCAACAUUCGAUCUGCUGAACAGCUGACUCUUCCAAUCUCUCUAUUUUUACUCGGUUAUGUCUUCGGGCCAAUUGUGUGCGGGCCCCUAUCGGAGUCUUAUGGGCGUAAGCCGGUGGUUAUAGUAGGCUUUGCAGCCUUUAUGCUCUUCACGCUUGCGUGUGCCUUAUCGCAAAGCUGGGCUGCUCUGCUGGCUAUGCGGUUUUUUGUCGGAGUGUCAGCAUCAGCGCCUAUAGCCGUUGUUGGGGGAGUGUUCGCCGAUGUGUAUGAUGAGCCCAGGACAAGAGGGAGAUAUAUGGCCUUUUUCAUGGCAUCAACAUGCGCGGGCCCAAUUGUUGGCCCACCUGUCACAGGGUUCAUAUCAGUAGUAAACUGGAGAUGGAGCUUCUGGGUAGGCUUGAUAUUUGCCGGGUUGACAGCCCCAAUAGUUCUCUUGACGCCCGAAACAUAUGCUCCAGUGCUUCUGCAACAAAGAGCUCGGAAACUGCGCAAGGAAACAGGUGAUGAUAAAAUAGUUUCGGCUCUCGAUCUUGAGAAGAAAGGAAUCAAAGAGACCUUGACUGUGACCCUGACAAGGCCUAUUAGAAUGAUCAUAUUUGAAUCAAUCGUGCUUUUCACGUGUCUAUAUCUAGCAUUGGUUUAUGCCAUUUUCUUCAUGUAUUUUCAGACAUAUCCGUUAAUUUUUCAAAUUGGCGCCGGAGUUGCUGCAGCCCUCGGUCUAUUUUUUUGCUGGGAUAGUUAUCUUAACCGUUCAAAACUUCGAAACGCUCCUUGGGCAGACGUGGAAGAAUACCGGCGACUUCCACUAGCUGUCGUUGGGGGCCCGCUAUUUGUUGUAUCUCUCUUCUGGCUGGGGUGGACUGCUUCACCCAAUAUCCACUGGUCUAUCCCCAUGCUCUCUGGCAUCCCGUUCGGUGCGGGAUUCCUCCUCAUUUUUAUUGCAAUGAUCAACUAUCUUUCUGACGCAUACGAGACAUUCUCAGCAAGCGCACAGUCAGCUGCGAGUUUUGCUCGAAGCAUUCUUGGAACCGCCCUCCCAGUAGCAGCAGGCCGCAUGUAUUCAUCUCUUGGUAUAAGUUGGGGGUGUAGUCUGCUUGCUUUUGCCAGCUUGGCUAUGACAGCGAUUCCUUUCGCUUUUAUUCGGUACGGAGAUCGGAUAAGAGCCGGAAGUCUCUUUUGCCAGCACUUGAAACAGCUUAAAGAGCAAAAGUUGAGAGAAGAACUGGAAGAGGAGGCUAGUGGUCAAGCUGCUGAACAGCCGGUACGCAGUGCAGAGAAACCAGAUAUAUUUGCGAGAGCUUGA